CAGUGUCUCAUCCUCCAAACCCAGCCGGCCAUGGACGGCCCAAUAUCCCUUACUUAUUCCCCCUCUUUUCCUCCUCCCUCUGCCUCUGCCUCGCUCUCUUCUCCAUUAUGCUUCGCCACCUUUCUCGCUCUUCCUCCUCUUCUAAACCCAAACCCAGAAUGGGCUGCGUGCAAGCCAAGCCCGACACGAACGGCGCCGGCUCUGCCAGGCCGGUGGGGCUCGAGAGGCUCAAGAUGGAUAAUGGGUAUGAACCCCAGAGAAGACCCGACAAUGGGAGCGGUGGAGAGGAGUCGGAUUCUUUGAAUGGGAGUGAGGUGGCGGAGAGGGAUAGCGGGCGUGCUAGUGCUAGUGGUGGUCGUAGGAUUUCGGGUGAUGAGGACGAGUUGGUGGAUGGCUGGCCCAAGUGGCUGACUGAUAAUAUUUCCAAAGACGUUUUGAAGGGCUUGGUUCCCAAGAGUGCUGACUCUUAUGAUAAGCUCGACAAGGUGGGUGAAGGAACCUACAGCAAUGUUUACAAGGCUCGAGACAGGGACACUGGUAAAAUUGUUGCCCUGAAAAAGGUCCGCUUUGAUACAUCAGAACCUGAGAGUGUUAAGUUUAUGGCACGAGAGAUUAUGCUAUUACGGAAAUUGGACCAUCCCAAUGUACUUAAGCUUGAAGGAUUGGCCACUUCAAGAAUGCAAUAUAGCAUUUAUCUUGUCUUUGAUUUCAUGCACUCAGAUCUGGCAAAAGUUAUUUCCAAGGCUGAUGGGCUUACUGAACCACAGGUCAAGUGCUAUAUGCAUCAACUGCUUUCAGGUCUGCAGCACUGCCAUGAUCGUGGUAUUCUGCAUCGAGACAUUAAAGGAUCAAACUUAUUGAUAGAUAAAAAUGGAGUUCUAAAAAUUGGUGAUUUUGGGCUCGCCAAUUAUUAUGCUCCAAAGCCUAAGCAUCCUCUCACCAACCGAGUUGUAACACUUUGGUACAGAGCUCCCGAGCUACUUUUAGGUGCUACAGAUUAUGGAGUUGGAAUUGAUCUUUGGAGUGCUGGAUGUGUCUUUGCUGAAAUGUUUACAGGGAGGCCACUUAUGCCUGGAAGAACAGAAGUUGAGCAACUUCAUAGGAUUUUCAAGCUGUGUGGCACACCAUCUGAGGAAUACUGGAAAAAACUGAAGCUUUCUACAACAUUUCGACCUCCGCGUUCAUACAAACCCAGUCUUCAAGAAGCUUUUAAGGAUUUACCUUCAUCUGCCCUGGGUUUGUUGGGCACUCUUCUUGCAUUAGAUCCUGCCUAUCGAGGCAGCGCAGGUCUAGGUCUUAAAAAUGAAUUCUUUUCUACAAGCCCCUUGGCAUGUGACCUUUCUGGUCUACCUGUAGUCUAUAAUGAGGAAGAAGAAUUAAAACUAGCUAAUGAGCAGAGAAAGUUCAGGAAUUCUAAAGUAAAACAACGGUCUAGAAAACAACGUGAGCACCGCAGACAAGAUGUUGCAUCUUUCACACAGGAAGAGGAGAAAACUGCCGAGCCAAAUGUUGAAAAUGAGGAGCCUGGCAGUGCAACUAGUAGUACGUCCUCUGGUGUAAAUCAGACUAGCCGGAAAGAAAGCCCGAUCUUCUCUCUUUCCCCAGUUAAAUCUGCUGACCGGAAAUUGUCCCCUAAGAAUGGCAAGAUCCUACCUCCUAUACCUAAGUCAAAAGCACGCAUAGCCAAUUAUAAUGACGACAGUGACUUGUACAGGUCGAAUUUGAUUAACAGGUCUCUAUCGACCAGAGAAUUUAGAAAAUCAACUCAAAGGGAGAAAUUAGAACUAUAUGCCAUUGAUGAUUGAUUAGGCCACUCAAGAGACUGCGCAGACUUGCAUAUCUUCUGUCGUUUCCAUUUGAUUUACCUUGAGGUUCUUGUUCUAUACUUUUUUGCCCAGCUGAGUAUUGACCAAUAUGGAAAACAAAUGGAACAAGAUGUAUAAUAAAUUUGGUAUU